GCCGCACAGCCACGCAAAACAAAAAAGGACACGGAAAGACGUUAGAUUUCAAAUAAUCGCAUCCGCCAGCCUUCUUGUGUCUGGUGUUUGUUUUGCAUCGAUAUUAUUGUUGAGUGCAUGCGAAAGAACUCUUCUGCCCUGGCUUAAAGGGUGAUUAAAAAUUAGCAGUCGGAGAAGGCAAGCCUGGGUGAAGGUCCCAGACCCCCAGUAAGGCUUAAAUAAUAUUGUGAUGGAGGUUGAACAGAAGAAUGACUCUAGCAACACUAUGGCCAAUGGAAGUGCCAAUUCAGGCAAACGUGGCAGGGGCAGACCACGAGGGUCAGUUAAGAAAAGAAACAUCUCUGUGAAAGAGGCACCUCACAAUGCUAGGGCAUCCAAAAGAGUGGAUUUCUUUUCCCCUGAGACUGUGAUCAGACCGAAAGUCAAGAAGCGCGGUCGUCCAAAAAAGAUAAGAAUUCCUGGAAGACCGAGAAAGAUUCCUCUUACACCAGAGGAAGAAGCUGAGAGACUUUUAAGGUUGAGCAAGAAACGGAAACUCUCGAAGCCUCUCGGGAGACCUCGCAUCCAUCCCCUCGUAGACAUGCCGAAGGAGAAAAGGGGACGAGGUAGACCGCGCAAAUAUGAAUCCAUAGCUUCACAAAAUGGGAGAGUUGACGGGAACCUGAAAAGCGUAAAGAUCACUGAGCUUGGUGGAGAGACACCACGAGGGAGGGGAAGACCAAGAGGCUCGUUUAAGAAGAAACGGGGACGGCCAGCUGGUUCAACUCCAGUGAAAAGACCAACAGAAGGAACUCCUGGGAAAAGAGGGCGGCCGCUAGGCUCCGGAAACAAGCUACAGGUCAGACAGGAUGCGAACGGUACCCCUCGAAAGAGGGGCAGACCCCCAGGCUCUGGGAGAAAGCUAAAUGUUAUUUCAGGUGAAAUAAAUGGAACUCCUAAAAAGAGAGGGAGACCUCCAGGAUCUGGUACAAAGGUAAAGGUUGCAAAGCAGGUGACGGACAGAGUUCCCAGAAAGCGGGGACGUCCUCCAGGUACUGGGACCAAAGUCAAAGAUUUACUACAGGAGACAAACGGAAGCCCUCGAAAGAGAGGCCGACCACCAGGAUCGUUAAAAAAAAUCAAGAUGGUUACAGAAGAGGCUGUGCAUGUUUUCACUAACAGUGUCCUCUCUGUUGAUGUCCAUCCUCGUAAAAGGGGUCGCCCUAAAAAGACUGAAGCCUUUUCUGAUGCUGAAGAAUUAAAGAUCAAGGACAAUGACGAACACUCACCCAAACGACCGCGUAACUCAUUUGCCUCAACCAAGAAUUCCAGUAAACCAGAUGCUGAAGACCAAAAGGCCAGUGAGAAUGAUGGGUGCCAUGUGGCUGCGACAGGGGAAAAUCCUGUUCUGUCUGCUGGAGGUGCUUCAAAACCAGACAGUAUAGAGCAAGUUCGUGAGGAUGAGAUAAACGAUGCCUCAGUUGAGGAGGUUUACGAGAGUAACAGCAGAAAGGGUUCAUGCUCGAGGGUAGCAGGUAAAUCCCAAAAAAAGAAGUAAAUUAUUGGGUAGAAUAGAGCACACAUAUUUUUGAAUGGGUUUUUACCAGAUUUCAUACAAAUAAUUUGACUUGUUCUGAGGGUUAACAAUGCAGAUCUUUUCUUCUUGUUGUUCUUCUGUUGCUCAGCUCUUGUGCUUUUUGCAUGUCUUUGAAAGAAAAUGUUUAUUUUGAUACUCUACGGUUCCCCUCCUUCAGACUAACCCCCAUCGAAACAAAUGCAGAUGUUCAACUGUGUUCAAAUGCUAUUUACAUUGUUAGCAUGACUAGUCUUAGUACACUGAGCCUUUUUAUUAUUUAUACAAAUUUAUCAAGUGAGAAAAAUAAGCUAUUUCACGACUAUUCGGUAAUUCUGCUAAAUUUUUAUAUCGACUGCAAGAUCGACCGGAACAUGAACUACGUUUUAGUCUAGUCUGUAUCAGUGGAUUUUGAAGGGGAAAGGGCUGAAAUUUAGGCUUGAUGCUAGAUGAUGUUGAAGUAUUGAAGUAGGGAAGUAUUGGUACAGGAUCUAUGGAGUGGGUUUUUAUUUGUUUGUCUCUCCCCCCCACCCCCCCAUUUGUUUAGUUUGUUUGUUUUUUAAUAGAAGCAUUUGUCUAGAAAAAAUGGCAUGCAGUUUAACACCCCUUCACCGGACCGCAAAACAUCAGACUAUAUCUAGCUAGACAUAACUGCAUCCUGAGCCUAUGCUGCCAUCCUCAGCAGGUCUUAAGUGUCCUGAGAAACUAUGGACUUGAAUACAUAUAUAUUUAUAUAUAUAAGCAGGAAUUAAGAAUGAUGGACUGAAUUUUGUUGGAAGUUAAUCAAUGUGCAUGCCAUAAAAUGUAUACAUUUUUUGUAUUUGAUAUAUACGUAUAUAUAUAUACGUGUGUAUAUAUAUAUAUAUAUAAAUAACAAUGAUCAGUGUAUCAAUUUGGGGAAGGAAAAAAAAAGACCCCCAGAGUUUGUUGCAAAUCUCUAGAGCCAUUUUAGACAUCAUGAUCAUCUUCAAGCCAGAUGUUUACUGAAGACCAUCGGAGCAGACAGAUGUUUUAUCCUUUCUGGGUGCGUUCUCCCCAAGAUCUAUAAACAAAGAGCUAAAUUACGAUGGUCUUGACCAAAUUAAAGUCCACUGGCCAAGUAGCACAGCUCCAGCUUCUCUAUAGAUGUAUAUUUUUUCCAAGUCUUGAUGUUUCCAUAGAAUGUGGUAUGAAGUGGAAAAUGACCAUCGUAGCAUAAAUGUCAGCUCGACGAUAUUAAAAAGCUAAACCGAGAUUCGGUUUCUCGUACUCACCACAUUGUGUGACGUGUACGGUUUCAUUAAAAACGUUGCUUCGUUUUACUCAUUUUAUGACUGCAAUUCAUUUUCUUUCCUUCUUUCUUUUUUUUAAAGAAUUAUGUUCAUUUAGACAUUGAGGUAAUUAUUUCUGUUAGAAGACAGGAGUUAAAUGUCCAUGUGAUCAUGGUUGUGAAAGUUUUUCUGCUUAGGUUUCAGGGCAUCAACUAUAAACUAAACAGACAUUUACACAACAGAAGCUGUAGUUAUUAGAAACUCAGAGUUUAAUUUACAAGACCACACACUGAAGUUUUGAUUUCAUUUUAUUUUUUAAAUGACCAACCAGGUGAACACAAAUAUUUAUAUGUAAGUCUUGUUCUUUGUUGCUGAUCUUCUGGUUUUACCUGUCAGAUUGUACUUGCCAGAUCGGCAAUUUCUGUCCUAAUUCUUCUCAAAUUUUGUGAUUUUCCAAAAAAAAAAAAAAAAGGCAGCCAUGAAUUGUUUCAAUUAGCUAAGAUUGUGAUUAUGUACUAUUUGUACUGUUAAAAAGUUUGUAUACUUAAAAAAAAAAAAAAAAAAAAAUCUUGCUAUAUCAGUUUUCCAAAACAAAAAAAAGUUUCCAUUAACUUUUUUUAUUGGAAUUUCUCUUGAUUGAUGUAUAAAGUUCAGAAAAAUGUCAUCCUUCUGUGAUGCUUGUGACAUUUCCGUUCAUAUGUUUAGCCUUUCUCCAAAAGCCCUGGACAGAAGCUGGGGGAAACAAAAUAGUUAACCACCCUAUUCCCUUUUUAUUUAUUAUAAUUUUUUAAAUAAUUUUUAAGCCCUGUUUGUUGUGAAGUUACUAAAGGGUCUGUGUUCUUUAACGGAUAACAGAGUCCCAAAAAGGAGAAGGUGGUACCUUUUUUAGAACGAUUUAGAAGUGUAAAACAUUCGAGAGUUGCUACCCUAGGCUACAAAUUAAGAACUUGUUAGAGGGCAACAUUUGGGCUAAAAUCUAAAUGUUCUCCAUAAACUUUGUUGAACUGCGUAUGUGGGCUAGCCUACAUGUGGUGUGUUUCAAGUCUGCAGCUUGCGCUUGUGGAAUUUGCUGUUGUUAAUUUAGUUAAAGUAGAUGGGUAGAAUGCCUUGUUCUUUGACAGUAGAUGUGUACAUCCCUGGUAGAACGUGUAUAUAAAGCAACUUUCUCCCACCUAAAACGACUGAUCCUAACCAUUUUGCUUAGCAUUAGAUGUAUUAGCUUACAGCAAGUGCAUAGGCUUGUUUUCUACUAUAGUAACUCACUUGAUGUUUGAUUUCUACAUCAGUCUGUACUCUUAACAACUAGAUGCUGUUUAAUGUGAGCACUUGUAUUUGAUAUUUUUUCUGUAAUAAAAUGCUUUCUUCAA